GAGUAGGAGAGAAAGCUCAUACAGUUGGGUAGAGAGAAAACAGAGCAAUAGCUGACAGGAGCACAAAAGUGGAGCCUUUGUCAUACGAUCGGUGCAAUCCUUUUGAAUCGCUACACCUUAAAGUUUGAUACGUGCCGAUGACUUUUCCCUGAACACUCUCCCAUUGGACAACAAUGCACCUGUCUCUGCUUUGCACCCUCUGCCUUCAUUUUGUUUUGCUUUGCGGGGCAGAGGAAGGUCUUGAAUUUCCCAACUUUGAUGGCAGGGACAGAGUGUUGGACAUCAACGAGCGCAGCUACAAGAAGGCUUUGAAGAGAUUUGACCUGCUUUGUCUGUUCUACCACGAGCCCGUGCCUGCUAACAAAGGCCUGCAGAAGCGCUUCCAGAUGACCGAGCUGGUCCUCGAGCUCACAGCUCAGGUACUGGAGAACAAAGAUAUUGGAUUUGGGAUGGUGGACGCUCAGAAAGAUGCCAAAGUUGCCAAGAAGCUCGGCCUCGAAGAGGUGGGAAGCCUGUAUGUCUUCAAGGAUGAUCGCAUCAUUGAGUUUGAUGGAGAACUGUCAGCUGACACUCUUGUGGAGUUCCUUCUAGAUGUGCUGGAGGACCCAGUGGAAAUAAUCAACAACGCAAUGGAGCUCCGAGCUUUCGAAAGGAUAGAGGAAGACAUUCGCCUCAUUGGUUACUUCAAAGGAGAGGAUUUAUACUACAAAGCUUUUCAGGAGGCCUCGGAGCGUUUUCAACCGUACAUCAAGUUCUUUGCCACAUUUGAUAAAUCUGUGGCCAAACAUCUCUCCCUCAAGAUGAACGAGGUGAAUUUUUAUGAGCCCUUCAUGGAGGAGCCCGUUGUCCUGCCUGGCAGACCUCUAUCUGAAACGGAGAUUGUAGACUUUGUCAAUCAACACAGGAGGGCCACUCUGAGGAAGCUCCGGGCAGAGAACAUGUUUGAGACAUGGGAGGAUGACACGGAUGGAAUCCAUAUUGUCGCAUUUGCCGAAGAGGAGGAUCCAGACGGCUAUGAAUUCCUGGAGAUCUUAAAGGACGUGGCGAGAGACAACACCAACAACCCGGAUCUCAGCAUUGUCUGGAUUGAUCCGGAUGACUUCCCUCUGCUCACCACUUACUGGGAAAAGACCUUCAAGUUGGACUUGUUCAGGCCUCAGAUUGGUGUGGUCAACGUCACAGAUGCCGACAGUGUGUGGCUAGACAUGUCCAACGACGAAGACCUGCCCACUGCCGAGGAGCUAGAGGACUGGAUCGAGGACGUCCUGUCGGGCAGAGUUAACACGGAAGACGACGAUGACGACUUUGAAGAGGACUCUGACGAGGACUCUGACGAAGACCUGAUAGAAGACGGCGACAACAGCCUUGACCAAGAGUAUGACCGAGAUGACUGAGUAUGUUAGAAUUUUGAUCAUACUUUCAAACUAGAUGUCCUUUUUAGAGAUUCGAUGUGAAAGCUAAGGGAUUAGAGAUGACAUGAUGGCCACCUAAUGCUUAGUCAAGUGCCAUGAUCAUUGCGCAAUGUCAUAAAAUUGGUUUUGCUGCUGAAGUAAAUGUAAAAUACUGCUCAGUUUAAUUUGCUCUGGUAAGAAACUAGUGGUGAAAAAAUUGCUAAUUGUUACAGCAGGUUUUGUUGCAUGGGGCGGAGGAGUUGAAAGGGUCCCCCCCCCCCCCCCCCAUUUUCUAAGCAAUCAUUAGUCCUCAUUGCACUGAAAAAUGUCGAGCACCUCUUGGGAACACAAGAGGUUUGUUUUGAACCAGCUUUUAACUGAGGAGCGUUGUUGUGACUCUCCUAAUCUUCCAGGCUUACCCGGGAAUAAGGAAAACAGACAAAUUUGCCAUUUGAAAAGAGCACCUCAACAUUGCUCAAAUUAAGCUCAUUAAAACAAAGCAUUCUUUUCGACCUCCCAAUACAGACUGCAUGUCGUAUUUGAUUUUACUCACCCAGAAAGCAAUAGGAGGAAAUGAACUACCUGGCCAGAGUUGUUUGGACCGUAUAGUUGAGCCCGUGUGUCUAUCAGCCGGGACAGAACAUUUGUUUGAAGA